AAGAACACAGCAAGAGCUGAUGUUGUAUUUACAAUUGUCGAUUCAAAUAAGAGACCGCCAACAAUAGAAGUAGUAGGUGGUAACAAAGUAAUAAAAUUGAAAGAAGACCAACAAGACUUUGAGACACCUAUAGUCUCACUUAGAGCACAAUCGAAUAUAAAAGAUCCAAGUGUUGUCUUCGAGUUAGUCAAAGGAAAAACUACUCAAACGAACAAGGAUCAGACAUUUAUUUUAAGUCCAUCGGAUUCAACAUCAGCAAUAAUCACACUGGCACGACCUUUAGACUAUGAAACCGUUGAAGAAUAUCAACUUACAGUUCGUGCUCAAAAUAAGGAUUUAUUAUAUGCAUCUGUGACAAUAAAUGUGAAAGUCGAGGAUGUCAAUGAUGAAAUUCCAACAUUUAUCGAACUGUUAAGAGGAAGUAUCGUAGAAAAUGAUAAAGUUGGCGCUCAAGCAAUGACAGUUAGGGCAAUUGACAAAGAUGGAACUUUUCCCAAUAACCUUGUCGUUUAUGAAUUGCUCGAUCAUAAGGAUUUAUUCGAAAUUGAUAGUAGUUCAGGUGUAAUUACUGCAAAAGUCCCUGUUGAUAGAGAAAAAGAAAAGCUUUAUCACGUGACUGUGCAAGCACGUGAUUCUGCACCCAAUGCUCUCUUCGCUUCAAAAAAUAAGCCUAACGAAGCUAAUCAGAAGUUCCAAAUAAGUAUCGAAGAUCAAAAUGACAAUAUACCGAGGUUUACUAAAACUUUAUAUCAAGUGUAUAACAUAUCGGAAAACGCUGAUUCCCAGAAAGAUGUUACUGAAGUAAAAGCUUUAGAUGCAGAUACAGGUUCUCGUAUAGAAUAUAGCAUAAUAGAGGGUAAUAUAAACGAUGCUUUUCUCAUCGAACCUACGACUGGAAGAAUUAAAGUCAAAAAUAAGCUCGAUUAUGAGAAAAUUGAAAACUACAGUUUAACGGUGCAAGCUCAUGAUGGGAUAUAUAAAGAUACAGCAAAAGUUUUUAUUCAUAUUUCAAAUGAUAACCACAUAAGUAAAUAAUUUAAGAAUUAUUUUUUUUAAAUUUAGAAUGGAAAGGCCAAAAGAUACGGUCAAUUCUUUUGGCUUUGUUAGAUUUCUCUUUAUUAAAUAAUUUUGCGAUAUUGUAAUAGUUUUGGGACCAGUUAUAUAAUAACCGAAUUUAAUGUGUAACUAUUUCAUAAAACAAUAAUAUUUUUUACAUUUGAUAUAAUUAACUAUUUGUUAUCAAAAAGUCUAACACAAAUGUAAAUCAUAGUCUAUAAUUUAAUUUUAAUUUAAUAAUAGUAAAUAUAAGUAACAAUCCUGAUA